CACGCUGCACAUUCCCGAUUUUAUCUCACCCCGCCCCGCGUUCUUUGUUCUCGACUACAAUACAUCUAGACCGAUUAUCACUCUUCUGCGACUGUAUGUGAUCCCCGCAUCACGACCAUGCAGCACAGCAAAGGACCCGAUUCUCCGGAGAUGGGGAGGACGGUCUCGCGCUCGCGCAGCACCAGCAUUUCCAGUGACUCCCAACUCCCCCGAGCCCACCUGCUCGUCCCGACAGUAGUUACACCAGCGCCCACUUUCAUCGCCUCGUCCGCAGCAGCCCAAAUCAUCACCUCGGAUCAGGAGUUCAACGCUGCCGACUUUGUCGCCGAUGAGGAUGGACCUGGCUCUAAUGCAAGUGCACUCGUGACCCGCGAGGCUCUGUCAACCCUCAACGGAUUCCUCGACUACCUUCUAUUCAACAUUCUGGCUGCAGCGAAAUCUACGCAAUUGGCCUGCAUUCGCCCAGCGGUGUCGGAGGUCCUGAAGCCCCGUCUCGCCAAGGAAGUGGUCGAGGCAGCGGAUGAUGAGUUGAGUGAGUUCAUGGGUGGCCCGGACGACGAGCAGCUUGAGUUCCGUGGCGGUCAGACGCCUGGCGGUGAAUUUGAGCUCAUUCGUUCAUGGAAACUUACCCGCCUGCGAUGCAUGGUGUACACGCGACUCGGCGAUAUGGAAGAAGACGAGGAGGAAGAACAUAUCGCACGGGAAGGUCUAGCCGACGAAGACGGUGUUCCGCGAAGACUGGCCAGCCAUGUCGGAAAUAUCACCCCUGCUGCAGCUAUUUUCUUGACUUCGAUCAUCGAGCACUUAGGCGAGCAAGCAUUAAUCAUUGCGGGCGAGACGGCUCGAUCGCGACUGUCGACAAAACUCGAGCUCGAUUCUGAUGAGUCGAUGGAAACCGGUGCCAAUCGAGCGAGUAUGGAUCGAUUGGUCGUGGAGGACCAUGACAUGGAGAAGUUGGCGUUGAACCCGACUUUGGGCCGACUUUGGCGAACAUGGCGCAAACGUGUGCGAGGGUCCACUCUGUCCCGGGCAGUCUCGAGAGAAUCAAUGCGUCGCCGCCAUAGCGUAUUCACCACCACAGGCAGUAGGAAAAGCAGCGUUUUUAGCGCGGAUGUAUUCUCUGUUCGUUCGGCACCCUCGCCACUUCCCGAGACACCGAAAGAUAUCGACCCAGUCUUGGUCCCAUUGCCGCUGAAUGAUCAUGAUGUGCAGGAGAUUGAGGUCCCCGGUUAUCUGCCAGAGCUCGACACUGGCGAGAUUCAAACAAUGCAGGCUGUAGUGGCCCAUAAAGUUCGACCCCAUAGCCUUAUGGUGCUUACACUGCCCUCUCCGAGGUCGCCGUCGUCAAAUGGUAAUUCUCCCAUUACCCCUAAGCUACAGACUGUGAAGAUCACGCGUCAUGCUCGGUCGAGGUCGUUGCCCGAUGCUGGUCCUGGAGAGGAGACGCCGGAACCUGAGCAGUAUCCUGAGCGACCGUCACCGACGGCAUCCGAGGAGCGGAGACGACUCGAGACAAUGUACGAACAUGACGAAGAUGAUGAGCAGAAUGCCCAUCAGCGAGAAAAGUGUGAGCUCGUGAGCCAAGAGAUAGAAGCAGUGCAGGAGACGACCAAAGUUCUCACCACUGCUGUGGUUCACGAGGUGAUCACUCCGGUGUCCCCAACUUCACCAAAUGAGACACAGAUCCUCGAUGGCCAAGGGACGCGCGCGAGGCCCAAAUUGGCUUCUGCACAGCGACCACGACCAAAAACAAUCCGAGAACCAUCCAUUUAUGAAGAGCGGUCACCUCCUCCUACUCCUGUUGUGGAUGAACCACAACAACGGGGGUCAACGGUCAACGAGGAGGUCCCCCAGACGCAAGGGGCUGACUCCGCUUCGGUAGCGCCCGCCGCCGAUCUCGACGAGUUAUCUUCCGAGGAGUCUCUAGCCCCUCCUACCACUCGAUCUUCUACCGACGAUGGUAAUUCGUACAAGGCAUCCAGGCCCGUUUCUACGUCGGGUGACAGCGCCUACUCUGACGUUUCGCGGAAAUUGCCUAAAAGCAACCCUCUUUCAAACGGGGCCCACCACCGCUACGGGCGCUCCAGCCCUGGAAUCUCAUCUGUCAAAUCCGGCAUUGAGCGUGCAGCGGUCCAGAGACUCUCAGGGCGACCAUCCACCUCAGUGACAUCCUCAAGCUAUUCCAAACCGCGCCGUUCGGAUAGCUUCAGCAGCAACCGUGAGAAGCGUCCUGUGACGUCCGGAUCAUCUGCUUCGAGCAAGUUGAAAGGCUUGAUUGUUCGCACGGGAGAUUCCAACUCCUUGCGUCUCCGUAAUUCGUCUGAGAUAAGCAGGGUAUCGACUCGGGAGUCAGCUUUUGAUGACACCACCGGCCUAGAUGAGCUCAUCCGUAGCGAAGAAACUCUGCACUUUACAUUGACCCCAAGAAACAUGAGAGAAAUAGAGUUGCCCGAUUCCCCCAGAUGGCGUGCCCAGCAGACCACUCCGUCUGAGUCAGAUAUCGCGAGACCCAGAACCUCUCACGCAUCCUCUAAGAGUAUCAUGGACCUUGCUCCGAUGUCCAAGUGCAAGUCAUCGGAUCAGCCAAAAUACACACCGAUUGUGGUGCCUCCUGUGCUCCCUCCACAGACCUCCGCCGAGCAAACCGUUGUAACGCCGACUUCAAUGAAUUCAACUGGAUCGGGUACCCCCACAAUCAGUGGAUUCGACGAGAGCAGCCCCAUCAAGCCAUCAAGUGUGCGCCGCGUUUCAGAUGCGACAGAUGUCUCACGGAAGUUCUCCAGGCCUGCAAGUGCCUCAGCUCGUAGUAGUGGUCCACGGUUGCAAGCACGACCCGCUGUGACUCCCAAGGGAGACCAGACCUCCGAUUUGAUCGAUUUCAUCCGAGAAGGACCGCCUACUGCCGGUGCUCACCGUAUCCCUCGAGCGGUGGCGCCGUUCCGAGAUACCAUGGAUUCGGACGAGUUGCAAGCGCUUGAGUCGGGGCGUCCAAGCAUGCAAGGAUCGCUAACGACGAAUACGCUUACUUCUAUUGGCUCUCGCACCGGUCUCCUGGAGACAGGAAAUCGGUCAAGCACUCCAACCACAUAUAAUAAGGAAAACUCGGAGGAUGCUCGGCCAAAACGAACACAGCGUCGGGUACGAGAUCCUUACGCAAUUGAUUCGGACGAUGACCUCGACGAGCUUCUCGAAGCCCCGAAACCAAAACGAGACGAGGAAAGUCUGAUCGAUUUCCUGCGAAAUGUACCACCCCCGGCGGCUGAAACCCCACCGCAACCCUUGGCUACAAACAUGGGUAACCGGCGCGGCUCGUCUGCAGGCUUCACGGGUGCUUCGUCUGUGAAAACGCUGUUAUCUCGUAACGCAGCUGCCGACAAGAAUUUUCUCCCCAAACCUUCAAAGGGCCCCCUCCGCCAAGCGUCUGACGGUUAUAUGACUGGGGCGACCAAUAAUUACACGACCAAAGCUGGCGUGGAGCGGAAUGGGGGAUCCAUGAGCGGUGCUUACGGUCUACCCUCUGUCUCUCAGAGGCAAACUGAGACUAGCGCAUUAGCAGACUUUCUCAAGAACACCGGCCCUCCUGAGCCUCCAGUGAUCAGGCUCGCGCAGAACCUGCCUUCGAGCAAGUCGAAGGAAUCAGGCUUCUCGCGCCUUUUCGGACGCCGAAAGAAAAUUGAGGUUUGAUACACGCCACCGUGGCUUUUCUUUCCCUUAAUCACAGCUGUUGUCUUCUGCAUGACUGUUGUCUCUGCGGGCUUUGAACACAACAUGCUAUGGCUGGCAAAUGACCUGUCUUUCUGAGCGUUGUGGCUUUUGAUGAUGAUACCUCUCCCUUCGAUCUUUACCAUUUCCUGUUCAUAUCUAUAUUUCCCACCCCUUUU